CCAAGAUCACCAUCAACACCGACCCAAACAACAUCACCAUCGUGGAAUCGCGCGCUCGUCACCGUGCAUUCCUAGUCGCUGAACCUCCUUCGAAGGAAGAAGGCUCCCAUACUCAUCUCCCACGAAAACCCCGGCGCGCCAACAACCCCGAGAUCACGGCUACCUAAAAGGCGAGGCGGACUCAAGAGGCCCUCGGCCUGGGUUGCCGCUCGCGACCAUCGCGACUGCGCCGUCUGCGCAUCGAGCCCGUUCAGAUUCACUCUCGAGAGUCGAUAGACAGUUUGCACUCACUCAUACAGAGCGGAGAUCGCGACUCGCCUCAGUUUCACGCUCGACCUCACCCACAGAUCAGAUUGCCACUGCGAUUUUCGUCAAUAACGCGAUAACUACUUCAUCAUGGCGAACUUACACUUUGCGCACUCGGAUGCGCCGUUGCGCACGAUCCAGGAGAUACAGUUCGGCCUGUUGUCCCCGGAGGAGAUAAAGAACAUGAGCGUGGCUCACAUCCUGUACCCCGAGACGAUGGACGAAGGCAAGAUGAAGCCACGCGACCAAGGACUCAACGACCCGCGCCUCGGCUCUAUCGACAGAGGCUUCAAAUGUGCGACCUGUGACGCAGGCAUGGCGGAGUGCCCUGGCCAUUUCGGACACAUCGAGCUGGCCAAGCCAGUCUACCACCCCGGUUUCCUGAAGAAGAUCAAGAAACUCCUCGAGAUUGCCUGCCACAACUGCGGCAAGAUUUUACUUGACAGAAGUAAUCCACAGUUCAAAGCCGCUGCCUCGAUGCGCGAUCCCAAGCGCAGAUUCGAAGCCAUCUGGCGUCUGUGCAAGCCAAAGAUGAUUUGCGAUGCCGAUAUUUCGGUCGAUGACGACGAGUUUGCUCAGGAUCCGAAAGCAGCUGCGAAGAGGCCCAGCCACGGCGGUUGCGGAAACACACAACCCGAAGUCCGACAGACGGCGUUGCAGCUGUGGGGAACGUGGAAGGUUCCAAAGGACGAGGAUAACGAGAACGGACAACCGGAGAAGAAGCUGAUUACACCAGAAAUGGCGUUGCAGGUAUUCCGUAAUAUCUCCACUGACGACAUCUACGACCUCGGCCUCAACAGCGACUACGCGAGGCCAGAGUGGAUGAUCAUCACAGUGCUUCCCGUCCCACCACCACCUGUCAGGCCGAGUAUUUCCAUGGACGGAACUGGCCAGGGAAUGCGUGGAGAGGACGAUCUGACAUACAAGCUGGCAGAAAUCAUUCGCGCAAACGGAAAUGUGCGUCAAGCUCAAUCUGAGGGCUCCCCUGCUCACGUUGCGCUGGAGUUCGAGUCUCUCCUCCAAUACCACGUUGCUACAUACAUGGACAACGAUAUUGCUGGUCAGCCACAGUCGCUGCAGAAGUCUGGACGUCCCGUGAAGUCCAUUCGUGCUCGUCUAAAGGGAAAGGAGGGUCGUCUCCGUUCUAACUUGAUGGGAAAGCGUGUCGAUUUCUCGGCCCGUACUGUCAUUACAGGUGACCCCAACCUGGAGCUUGAUGAAGUUGGUGUUCCCCGCAGUAUCGCCAGAAUUUUGACGUACCCUGAGACGGUUACGCCCUAUAACAUUGGCAAAUUGCACCAGCUUGUCCAGAACGGUCCCAACGACCACCCCGGUGCCAAGUACAUCAUCCGCAACGAUGGUAGCCGUAUCGAUCUGCGUCAUCACAAGCGCGCCGGAGCUAUCUCCCUGGAGUACGGCAACAAGGUCGAGAGACACAUCGUCGAUGGUGAUUUCAUUAUUUUCAAUCGUCAACCCUCGCUGCACAAGGAGUCCAUGAUGGGACACAGAGUCCGCGUUAUGCCCUAUUCGACUUUCCGUCUUAAUUUGUCUGUUACAUCGCCUUACAACGCCGAUUUCGAUGGUGAUGAAAUGAACUUGCACGUUCCCCAGACCGAAGAGACGCGUGCGGAAGUCAACCAACUCUGCAUGGUGCCGCUGAAUAUUGUGUCCCCACAGCGAAACGGUCCCCUCAUGGGUAUUGUCCAGGAUACUUUGGCUGGUGUUUACAAGCUCACACGUCGUGAUGUCUUCUUGACCAAGGAGACAAUGAUGAAUGUGCUGUUGUGGGUCCCUAGCUGGGAUGGAGUCAUCCCCCAGCCGGCCAUUAUCAAGCCUCGCCCAAGAUGGACUGGCAAACAGUUGAUCAGCAUGAUCAUCCCCAAGGAGGUUAACCUGCACACUGCAAAUGAUAACCGCGAGGACGCUCCUCUUAAAGAUGAUGGUCUUCUCAUUUCUGAGGGAGAGCUUUUGUUUGGGCUGGUUACGAAGAAGGUCGUCGGAGCUACCAGUGGUGGUAUUGUCCACAUCAUUUUCAAUGAGCUUGGAUGGCUGGAGGCUCGCAACUUCUUCACUGGUUGCCAGACCGUGGUCAACUAUUGGCUCUACCACAACGGCUUCAGCAUUGGUAUUGGAGACACAAUUCCAGAUAAGGCGACCAUUGAUAAGAUCGAGGGCGCUGUCAAGGAGCAGAAGGACAUCGUUGAUGGGUUGGUUCUCGAAGCUACUACUAACAAGCUCGAGUCUCUUCCCGGUAUGAACGUUCGUGAGACUUUCGAGUCGCUUGUCUCGAAGGCACUGAACACGGCUCGUGAUAAGGCCGGUACGCGUACCGAGCAGUCUCUCAAGGACAUCAACAAUGCCGUUAUCAUGGCCCGAUCUGGUUCCAAGGGUUCCACUAUCAAUAUCUCCCAGAUGACUGCCCUUGUCGGACAGCAGUCUGUUGAGGGUAAGCGUAUUCCUUUCGGAUUCAAGUACCGCACCCUGCCACAUUUCACAAAGGAUGAUUACUCUCCCGAGUCUCGUGGCUUUGUUGAGAACUCGUACCUGAGAGGUCUCACUCCAUCUGAGUUCUUCUUCCACGCCAUGGCUGGUCGUGAGGGUCUCAUUGAUACCGCUGUCAAGACUGCCGAAACUGGUUACAUUCAACGUCGUCUCGUCAAGGCUUUGGAAGAUGUCAUGGUCAAGUAUGAUGGAACCGUCAGGAACUCUCUUGGUGACAUUGUUCAAUUCAUCUACGGAGAGGAUGGUCUGGAUGCCGUCUACAUUGAGAAGCAGAGAGUUGACUCGAUCAACAUGUCCGACUCAGCAUUCGAGGAGAGAUACCGCCUCGACGUUAUGGACCAGGCCAACCCGCUUCCUGCGGACAUGCUUGAGCACGCUAGCGAACUCAUGAGCGAUGUCAAGGUGCAGCAUCUUCUUGAUGCCGAGUGGGAGCAGCUGAAGGUUGACCGAAAGAUGCUUCGUGAGGUCAACUUCAAGAAGAAGGAUGAUGAGUCUAUGCAGCUGCCGCUGAACGUUGUCCGCAUUCUCGACAGCGCAAAGCGCCUCUUCAAGCUUGAUGACUCGCAACGUAGCGACCUUCACCCAAAGCAUGUGAUUGAAUCUGUCCGAAACUUGCUCGACAAGAUGAUGAUUGUCCGCGGUGAGGACAGCUUGUCUAUUGAGGCCCAGAAGAACGCAACUCUCCUCAUUAAGGCUCAGCUCCGCCAGCGCCUGGCCUUCAAGCGUGUGGCUAUCCACCAGAAGCUCAGCAAGCUUGCGUUUGACAAGGCUGUCGGUGAGUUGGAGUCGCGCUUCACCCAUGCUCUGGUCAACCCCGGCGAGAUGGUCGGUAUUCUUGCCGCCCAAUCUAUCGGUGAGCCUGCUACGCAGAUGACGCUCAAUACUUUCCAUUUUGCCGGUGUGUCGUCCAAGAACGUCACACUUGGUGUGCCGCGUCUAAAGGAAAUUCUUAAUAUCGCGACCAACAUCAAGACACCAUCCAUGGUUGUGUACCAGGAAGGAGACAACCCCAGUCAAGAAACCGCCAAGCUUCUUAGAAGUGCGGUCGAGCAUACCAACCUGCGCUCUGUCACUGCGGCGACUGAGAUCUACUAUGAUCCAGACCCAGAAAACACCACUAUUGAACAAGAUCAAGAUAUGGUUGACUCGCAUUACAUGGUUCCUGACGAGAAUUCCGAGUCGCACGACAGCCUGUCGAGAUGGCUCCUACGUAUCAUUCUGGAUCGCCAGAAGAUGCUUGAUAAGGGCCUCAACGUUGACGAUGUUGCUGUUAGGAUCAAGGAGGAGUAUCCAAAGGAUCUCAAUGUGAUCUUCUCUGAUAACAACGCCGAGGAGCUGGUCAUUCGUUGCCGCAUGAUCACUCGCAUGGAGGGCAAGUACGAGGACGGCGAUAACUCGGAGCAGGAUGUCAGCUUGAAGAAGCUUGAGAACCACGUUCUGGACAGCCUCACCCUUCGUGGUGUGCCUGGUAUUGACCGUGCUUUCUUGAACAAGGAGACGAAGCUCGUCGAGACCGAAGAUGGAGCUUUGAUUGCCAGCAAGGAUGAUCCCAAGUGUCAAGAAUGGUACCUUGACACUAGUGGAACCGCCCUUGGCGCCGUUUUGUCUGUGCCCGGUGUUGACACUACUCGCACAUACUCCAAUCACUUCGUCCAGAUUCUUGAAGUCUUUGGUAUUGAGGCUGUCCGUUCCGCUUUGAUGCGUGAAUUGACCCAGGUGUUGGCUUUCGAUGGUUCGUACGUCAACCAUCGCCAUUUGGCUCUCCUGGUCGAUGUCAUGACCUCGCGUGGUCAUCUCAUGGCCAUUACCCGUCACGGUAUCAAUCGUGCGGAUACUGGUGCCCUGAUGAGAUGUUCUUUCGAAGAGACUGUGGAAAUUCUUCUUGAAGCUGCCGCCGUUGGUGAGCUUGAUGAUUGCCGUGGUGUUUCCGAGAACGUUAUUCUUGGCCAGUUGGCUCCUCUUGGCACUGGCGAGAUGGAGCUCAUGCUUGACCCAAAGAUGCUCGAGACCGUUGUCUCCGACAACGGCAGAAUGGGUCUCAUGUCUGGCCUUCCCGUCAAGGGCGGCUACGAGGGUGCCGCUACUCCCUAUGGCAGCGACUCCCCAAUGGCGGACAGCGGGUACAUCGGAACUCCCGACUACGCUGCUGGAUUCUCUCCAAUCAGCAGUGGUGGAAGCGAGAGUCCAAGUGGCUUUGGCGGUCUUACAGAGUACGGUGGUAUUACUCCAGGCUAUGGCGCGGCUUCUCCAUACAGUGGCGCGCGCAGCCCAGGUGGCUACUCCCCAACCUCGCCAUUCGGCGUCAGCUCUCCUGGAUUCAGUCCUACCUCGCCACGCGGAUACUCGCCUACUUCUCCAGCUAUGGGCAUGACCUCUCCCGGCUUCGCGCCAACCUCCCCAUCGUUCUCGCCUCAGAGUCCGGCUUUCACUCCCACUUCUCCAAUGUACAGCCCCACUUCGCCAUCGGGUAUGCAGCACUACUCCCCAACCUCGCCAUCUUUCUCUCCCACCUCGCCCAGCUACAGCCCGUCGUCGCCACAGUUCUCGCCGGCUAGCCCUCUUUACUCUCCUACAUCACCUGUUUUCGGUGGCGGCAAGAGCAAGACUAGUCCUAUGAGCCCCAACCAGACUAGCCCGACGAGCCCGGUGUACAGCCCCACGAGUCCAAGCUGGAGCCCGACAAGCCCGAGGUACAGCCCGACUAGUCCAGCGGCCUUCUCGCCAACCAGCCCGCAGUACAGUCCUACAUCCCCUACCUCACCUAAGCAAGACUGAACGGCAAUUCGCGAUUCAUGAUCUGCUUUGUACCAUCAACCCAUACACCAAAAGAAAGAACGAUGGGCGUGGCGAUACCUGGUUUCGCCCUGUCCAUUUCCCCGCGUCGAGAUCUUGAUUUCUUCGUUAUUUGCUAUUUUUUGUAUUUUGCGCGUUUUCAGAAAACGGGGGCGUUAAUUGCGGGGUGCAUCUGCGUCUUGCUGUUGUUUAUUUAUUGAGGGCCGACCAGAAUGGAGUGCAUGAAAGGAAGCGUGGGUGGAGCGCGAUUAGUGAGAGGAGGGAGACGAGACGAGAUGAGUUAAAUUGCUUUCAAUAGAUGGCUGCGCAUGCAUUCGCGGGAGAGGAAAAAAUUGAGAUGCGAUGGGGCCUCAGUGGAGUGGUUUGAUGGUGGAGCCUCUUUCGAUUACUUGCUUUGGGGGAAAGCGCGAGAGGGGCUGGGUUGUUUGUGUAGCUGUGUAUAAUCUAGAGUGCGUAUGUGGGGCCUACGAGGGGAGUUAGUUCGUGGUCCAUCGCUGGACGUGGCGGAUGGAGCGGCAGAGGUCGACAGAUUCCAUAGCAUAUGAGUCCAAUGAGAUGAAUAUAAUCACUUUGAUGUGCUCAUUGUGGAUGUGAUUUGUUUGCUGGACCUUUUCUUAUAUGGGUCAAUCACAAUGCUGUUCUUCGUGUGGG